GCCAGAUGCAUUAGGCACCAAGGUCGAAAACAGUCGACGUUGGCGUAAUUUAGAUGUUCUCCAUUUGGAGACGCUAGAGAUCGCCAAAAAAAGAGAAAGAAGUGUGAAUGAAAGAUCUGGCAAACUCGCAGUGCAACUUAUAGUUUAGGAUUGGUGCUGUGGUGAAUGAGUCGCGUUUUUGAUCGUCUCUAAUCUCAUAGCUAUAGGUGGCCCAACUCACAAGGAACAAACAAGAAAAUCAGCGUCCCCUUGAGGACAGCAGUUGCUAUUAGUUGAAGCAGCGUAUUUUACAGAUCAAGUUGAGAUCAGUGCCAUGGACGUGCCCUUGGCCCUUCAAGUCACGGUGGCUUUAGCAGCCGUCACGCUUUACCUGAUCUAUCGCCACUUCACCGAGCACUUUGAUUAUUGGGAAAAGAAAGGCGUAGUGUUUGUCAAGCCAUGGCCUGUUCUGGGAUCAAUGAAGGAAGUGUUGAUGGUCAGGGAGCACCUGGCGGAGUUCUUCGAGCGGCUUUACAUAGAAAACAAGCCGCACACCUACUUUGGCUACUUCAUGGGCAAGAAGCCGGGACUAGUCAUCACCGAGCCUGAGAUGAUCAAACACGUCUUGAUCAAAGAUUUCUCUCAUUUCGUGGAUCACGGAUUUGACAUUCACGAGGAAGCAGAUCCAAUGCAGGCGAAAAACUUGUUCUUUCUUGAGGGCCAAAGAUGGAGAAAUAUGAGGGCAAAACUUGUGCCCACUUUUACUUCCGGAAAAAUGAAAGGAAUGCUUCCUCUUAUGCUGGACGUGGCAAAAGAAUUUGAAUCAAAACUAGAAGUAUUGGCAAAAGAGACGGAAGAAUUUGAACUCAGGAGGCUAUUUGCUUGCUUUUUCACGGACAUAGUUGGCACAUGCAUUUUCGGCAUUCAGUGCAACUCGAUAAAAGAUCCAGAUGUUGAAUUUCGGCGAGUAUCUCGAAGGCUGAUUGAGCUUGACCUUAAAGGUGCAAUGAAAGCAAUGGUCACGUUUUUCGUACCUGAGUUGGCAUUCAAGCUUAAAUUGGGCUUGAUUGAUAAAGAAGCCACAAACUUCUUCCGUAAGCUCGUCAAGGAUGUCAUGGACAUGAGAAAAGCAAGUGGAAGUAGCCGCAAAGAUUUCAUGCAGCUCUUGAUUGAGUUGAAAGAAAAAGGACAGGUCGCAACCGACGAGGCCGACUUGCAUGAAAUAAAAGGAGAAGUGACCUCAUCGGACACAAAUAUUAAGCUAACCCACGACGAUUUGACUGCGCAAGCCACGGUGUUUUUCCUUGCGGGAUUUGACACCUCGUCAAGCGUCUCCAGUUAUGCGUGCAUGGAACUGGCACUGAACCCUGACGUACAGAAAAAGUUGCAAGACCACAUUGACGAGGUACUGGAAAAGCACCAAGGAAAAGUGACAUACGAAGCGCUCAAGGAAAUGAAAUAUUUGGAAUGCGUUUUAAAUGAAACCAUGCGGAUACACCCCGUCGUUGCAAACCACAUCCGGAAAUGCAACACAAAAUACACACUGCCUGGCACUGACCUGGAAAUCGACCCUGGAGUGCUAAUCAACGUCCCUGUCAGUGCCCUGAACAAAGACCCAAAGUAUUUUCCGAAUCCUUUGAAAUUUGACCCGGAUCGAUUCUUAGACGAGCAAGUUGUCCAGCAGACGCAGUUCAUCUUCACGCCGUUCGGAAUCGGCCCCAGACAAUGCAUAGGAAACAGAUUCGCAAAGCUGCAAAGCAAGCUGGGCCUGGUGACCAUUCUGAGGAAAUUCACAUUGAAUUUAGGCUCAAAGACCCAACUACCAUUGAAGCUUGAUAAGCGACAAUUUAUUGCAGCAGUUCAGGGUGGAUGCUGGGUCACGCUGACUCCAAGGAACGUCAAUUAUUAGUUCUUAUUAGUUAAAAAUUUAGCAUGUAAAUUAAUGGUUUUUUUAAACACUUUUUUUUUAUUUUAUUAGAUGCUGAUAUUUAAUUUAUUGGGGAGAUGCUAGGUAGCACCAGAAAAUUAAUCAGCUAAUUUAGGAUUGAAUAUUCCCUGAUUUUUAGAAUAUAAAUUCAUAAAAAUACAAAGAAGUUGAAAUGAUUUUAAUCUUUCUAAUUUCAGAUGGGUUCUAAAUAUUUGAUUUUAAAUGAAAGACUAAAUCUUGAUAUUUAAAUAGAUAAUUACGUAAUUUAUAAUAAAAACAUAUUU